AGUAGGGAGGCGGGCAGGAGCCAGUGAUGAGGGAAUGGCAAUCACAUUUGACCUCUGAUCUGUUUCUUUCCUCCUCCUUGACGUCCCCAUAUAAAUGUUACACGGGCAUCCCCACACUCGGGUACGCACCCACAGUGACUGAUUCGGGGGUAACCGUGUCACUUGCUUGCAACACUGGCACCUCCGCCCUGCACCCCAGAAAUGAGCAGUGAGUGAGGCCCGGGUCUGGGCGCUGGCUCCGAAUCUUCGGGCUGGAGAGACUCCACCAUCUGGGGCGGCCUGGGGGAGCAGCCUUAGUGUCUUCCUGCUGAUGCAAUCCGCUAGGUCGCGAGUCUCCGCCGCGAGAGGGCGGGUUGCAAUCCAGCCCGCCACGUGUACUCGCUGCCGCCUCGGGCAGUGCCCCAGGUCUUGCCGCAGCCGGGACCGCGCUCUGCAGCCGCAGACCCGGCCCACAGGGUCAGGGGCUGCGACCCUUGGGAUCUGCCCUCCGCUCAGCUCGAGCUUCCCUCGUGGCCGACGGAACAAUGAAGGAUUGCAGUAACGGAUGCUCCGCUGAAUGUACGGGAGAAGGAGAAUCAAAAGAGGUGGUGGGGACUUUUAAGGCUAAAGACUUAAUAGUCACACCAGCUACCAUUUUAAAGGAAAAACCAGACCCCAAUAAUCUGGUUUUUGGAACUGUGUUCACGGAUCACAUGCUGACGGUGGAGUGGUCCUCAGAGUUUGGAUGGGAGAAACCUCAUAUCAAGCCUCUUCAGAACCUGUCAUUGCACCCUGGCUCAUCGGCUUUGCACUAUGCAGUGGAAUUAUUUGAAGGAUUGAAGGCAUUUCGAGGAGUAGAUAAUAAAAUUCGACUAUUUCGGCCAAACCUCAACAUGGAUAGAAUGCAUCGAUCUGCUGUGAGGGCAACUCUGCCGGUAUUUGACAAAGAAGAGCUCUUAGAGUGUAUUCAACAGCUUGUGAAAUUGGAUCAAGAAUGGGUCCCAUAUUCAACAUCUGCUAGUCUGUAUAUUCGUCCUACAUUCAUUGGAACUGAGCCUUCUCUUGGAGUCAAGAAGCCUACCAAAGCCCUGCUCUUUGUACUCUUGAGCCCAGUGGGACCUUAUUUUUCAAGUGGAACCUUUAAUCCAGUGUCCCUGUGGGCCAAUCCCAAGUAUGUAAGAGCCUGGAAAGGUGGAACUGGGGACUGCAAGAUGGGAGGGAAUUACGGCUCAUCUCUUUUUGCCCAGUGUGAAGCAGUAGAUAAUGGGUGUCAGCAGGUCCUGUGGCUCUAUGGAGAGGACCAUCAGAUCACUGAAGUGGGAACUAUGAAUCUUUUUCUUUACUGGAUAAAUGAAGAUGGAGAAGAAGAACUGGCAACUCCUCCGCUAGAUGGCAUCAUUCUUCCAGGAGUGACAAGGCAGUGCAUUCUGGACCUGGCACAUCAGUGGGGUGAAUUUAAGGUGUCAGAGAGAUACCUCACCAUGGAUGACUUGACAACAGCCCUGGAGGGGAACAGAGUGAGAGAGAUAUUUGGUUCUGGUACAGCCUGUGUUGUUUGCCCAGUUUCUGAUAUACUGUACAAAGGCGAGACAAUACACAUUCCAACUAUGGAGAAUGGUCCUAAGCUGGCAAGCCGCAUCUUGAGCAAAUUAACUGAUAUCCAGUAUGGAAGAGAAGAGAGCGACUGGACAAUUGUGCUAUCCUGAAUGGAAAAUAGAGGAUACGAUGGAAAAUAGAGGGUUCCAACUGUAUGCUACUGGGACAGACUGUUGCAUUUGAAUUGUGAUAGAUUUCUUUGGCUGCCUGUGCAUAAUGUAGUUUGUAGUAUCAGUGUGUUACAAGAGUGAUUGUUUCUUCAUGCCAGAGAAAAUGAAUUGCAACCAUCAAAUGGUGUUUCGUAACUUGGUAGUAGUAGCUUACCUUACCUAGAAAAAUAUUAAUAUAAGCCACAUAACCUGGGAUUUUCCUCAGUGAUUUUAGUGCCUCCCUUUGUACCUCACUCAGAUACUAAAUAGUAGUUUAUUCUUUAAUAUAAGUUACAUUCUGCUCCUCAACCAAAUGCAAAUUUUUUGGUGUAUUUGAAAGCUAAUUUGAGAAAAUUUCGUAGGUUACAUUUCCUGCAGCCUAUCUUUAUCCACAGAAAGUGUUUUCUUUUUUUUAAAUCAAGACUUUUAAAACUGGAUUUCCUCCCAUCACUGUUUUUUGCAGGCCCUCCAAGUCCAUCUUAAGGUAAAUAUCUCUCCUCUUCCUGAUGUCACAGCCUGAGCAUACCCUGUGCAUUAGGAAGACCUGAGUGCAUUUCCUACCAUUAUCCUUUCCACAUUAUAUUGUAGCUGGCUGGCUGUCAGGUGACCACAAGACUGAGGGUCUUGUGCCUUAUAGAUCUUUGUAUCCCCAUUGGCUGACACAUAGUAGGUACUCAGUAAAUGGUUUUAUAAUGAAUCAAUGAACAUUUUGCUUCUAUAGAAGUGUACCUUCUUUGUUUCUAUAUUAUGAAACCUCUUUAUUAGAAUUUGUGAUUGAUUCUGACACUGUAUAGAUUUACCUUAUAUUGUCUUUAUUUUCCAUGAGCUACGAAGUCAUUAGAGAUACUCUGAAGCAUAGUUAGUUUAGGAAAUCAUUUCAUAUUGACUGUGUUGGAAUUGUCUUGGAAUUGAAGACAUAUCCUUAGAGCAGGGGACCCCAACCUCCAGGCUACAGGCCACACAGCAGGAGGAGGUGAGUGCUGGGCCAUCAAGAAGCUUCAUCUGUAUUUAUGGCUACUUCCCAUCACUCGAAUUACCACCUGAACUCCACCUCUUGCCAGGUCAGUGACAGCAUUAGAUUCUCAUAGGAGCACAAAUCCUAUUGUGAACUCUGCAUGCAAGGGAUCUAGGCUAUGCGCUCCUUAUGAGAAUCUAAUGCCUGAUGAUCUGAGGUGGAACAGUUUCAUCCUGAAACCACCCUCCACCCCGCAGUCUGUGGAAAAAUUGUCUUCCACAAAACUGGUCCCUGGUGCCAAAAAGGUUGGGGACCACUGCUCUAGAGAGAGGUCAUGAUAUCAUACCAACCAAAUGGAAAUGACAAAUGUUUUAUGUUAAGUGUUAAUUGCAGAAAUAAAUCUUUUUUUUUUUUUUUGGUAGAAAACAAAGAGGCAUACUCUGAUUUUUAUACUCUGUUUUUGCAGGUGCUCUUUUCUUUGAAUGGAGAUUUGAUGAGCAAGUGGUUAGGAUACAGGGAGAGCUAUUAUGGGUGAUAUUUUCCUUGUUUAGGAGCUGUGAGUUAAAAUUGUAUCCUUUCUGGUUUAUCUAAGGAAAGCCAAAUCUUGACAGAAAACAUUUUUCCCUGGAAGGUCAACUCUCAGACAUUGUAUUUUGGUUUCCCUCAGUCCUCAUAACUUCCUUCUUGCUGAACAUAUUUUAUUCUCUUUUCAGAGAAGGAAAGAAAAAAGGAUUCUAAAAGUUUGAUAUGUUGGAAAAAUUUCCUUGAGGCAUUUAGCAACACAUAGCAAAUGGGCUUUGAUUCUUUUCCAAAACUUUUAGCCAUAGGGUCUUUUAUAGACAGGGAUAGUAAAAUGAAAACUGAGAAAUAUAAGAUGAAAAGGAAUGGUAAAAAUAUCUUUUGGGGGUUUUUAAUUGGUGAUCUGAAAUCUUGGGAGAAGCUGUUCUUUUCAGGCCUGAGGUGCUCUUGACUGUCUCCUGCACACUGUGUACCCCAAGCAGCAUUCUAAGGGUGUGCUUUCGCCUUGGCUAACUCCUUUGACCUCAUUCUUCAUAUAGUAGUCUAGGAAAAAGUUGCAGGUAAUUUAAACCGUCUAGUGGUACAUAGUAACUAAAUUUCUAUUCCUAUGAGAAAUGAGAAUUAUUUAUUUGCCGUCAAUACAUUUUAUACUUUGCAUCUCUAAAUUUAUUGUGGCAAGAUUUGUCCAUUGUGAAAGUUAGAGAACAUUAUGUUUGUAUCAUUUCUUUCAUAAAACCUUAAGAGCAUUUUUAAGCCCUUUUCAUCAGACCCAGUGAAAACUAAGGAUAGAUGUUUAAAAACUGGAGGUCUCCUGAUAAGGAGAACACAAUCCACCAUUGUCAUUUAAGUAAUGAGACAGGAAAUUGACCUUGACGCUUUCUUGUUAAAUAAAUUUAACAGGAACAUCUGCACAUCUUUUUCCUUGUGCACUAUUUGUUUAAUUGCAGUGGAUUAAUACAGCAAGAGUGCCACAUUAUAACUAGGCAAUUAUCCAUUCUUCAAGACUUAGUUAUUGUCACACUAAUUGAUCAUUUAAGGCAUAAGAUGGUCUAGCAUUAGGAACAUGUGAAGCUAAUCCGCUCAAAAAGAUCAACAAAUUAAUAUUGUUGCUGAUAUUUGCAUAAUUGGCUGCAAUUAUUUAAUGUUUAAUUGGGUUGAUCAAAUGAGAUUCAGCAAUUCACAAGUGCAUUAAUAUAAACAGAACUGGUGGCACUUAAAAUGAUAAUGAUUAACUUAUAUUGCAUGUUCUCUUCCUUUCACUUUUUUCAGUUUUUACAUUUCAGACCGACUUUGUCAGCUUUUUUGAAAACACAUCAGUAGAAACCAAGAUUUUAAAAUGAAGUUUCAAGACAAAGGCAAAACCUGAGCAGUUCCUAAAAAGAUUUGCUGUUAGAAAUUUUCUUUGUGGCAGUCAUUUAUUAAGGAUUCAACUCGUGAUACACCAAAAGGAGAGUUGACUUCAGAGAUGUGUUCCAUGCUCUCUAGUACAGGAAUGAAUAAAUUUAAAACACCUGCUUUAGCCUUUGUUUUCAAAAGCACAAAGGAAAAGUAAAAGGGAAAGAGAAACAAGUGACUGAGAAGUCUUGUUAAGGAAUCAGGUGUUUUUCUACCUGGUAAACAUCCUCUAUUCUUUUCUCAAAAGAUUGUUGUAAGAAAAAAUGUAAG